AUGCAACUUUGGAUAUACAAAGCCGCAAUGAUCGAGAUCGUAUGUAACGAUCGACUCGGCAAAAAAGUUCGAGUGAAAUGCAAUCCAGAUGAUACUAUUCGGGAUCUUAAGCUGUUGAUUGCCGCACAGACGGGAACAAAACCUGAGAAGAUCGUACUGAAAAAGUGGUACACUGUCUACAAGGACCACAUUACGUUGGACGACUACGAAAUCCACGAUGGAAUGAACCUUGAAAUGUACUACCAAUAGCCGUCCUUUGGUAUUAAGCGUUUUUGGCAUAGUCGUGUGCGAACUAGGUUGUUCUGUCUCCAAAAAUGCUGGGGUUGCGGCAAACAUCCAUGUUCCGACGACUUCGGUGGAGACAGCCAUCCGAUGGUACAAGAUGUAGCUAGGCUGUAUGCUACUGACCUAUGAGAAACCGGAACGCCUGCGAAUGCCGUCUGUAUGUUUGCAAUAGAAUAUUAGCAUAUUUACAUGUCUAUCAAGCUAUCCAUCUCUACCACCUCC